AAAGCGCCAUUCAUAUUCACUUUUCUGCAAAUGAAAAAACACAAAUUAGCAAUCUGAAAAAUUGCUUCUAAAGAAUUGAAGAAAACAUGGACCAAGAAGAACCUAAAACCGUCGAGAAUCAAUCUUCUUCUUCUCCUUCAGGGGACUCGAAUCCAUGUCCCAUCUGUCUCGGUCCUUUCAUUCAGGAAUCCUAUCUUGAUACUUGUUUCCAUAAAUUUUGUUAUAAUUGCAUUUUGCAUUGGACUAAAGUUAUUGGAAGGAAAAGGCAUUCUCCCUCACCUUCUUCUGUAAAAUGUCCUUUGUGCAAGACAGAAAACCAUUCAAUUAUAUAUGGGUUUGAUGGAAGUUCAUUCCAAAGGCAUUAUACAAAUGUAAUUUGCCAAAACAGUUCUUUCUUUUCAAAAGAACACAAGUAUAGAUUACAAUGCUAUUAUACUAAAUCAGGUUCUUUGAGCAAGAUAGUUAAUGUAUUGCGAUACUGGAAGUCCCGUAAAUAUCUUCAGCCAAAUCGGUGGCUGCAGCGUUGGUUGAGAAGAGAAAUUCAAGCUCUUUUGCAGGAAGAAGAUGUUGAGAUUAUUCUACAUCAUAUUCUUGGUGUUGUUGAUUCAUUCCAGAAAAGGAGUGAAAAAACUCAUCAAAUGAAUAUGCCUGAAACAAAACAAUCAGAGUUCAGGACUCUAGUCUCUGAUGCAGCCAGGCCUUUUCUAGCAGCAAGAACAGAUUGGUUCGUGAAUGAGUUGGAACUAUUUCUUGCUUCGGGCUUCAACAUUGAAGCCUAUGAUGAAGUUUACAUGCAGCAAUUAGGUUGGAACGCUCCUACAGUGACUGGUGAGGCUGCGGAUGCGGAACCUAGUGAACAGAGACCUGUAAUCCCAUACUUGUACAUCUUCGAUGAUGACUCUGAUGAAACUGAAUGAGACUGUAGUAGAACCUAAUGAACUAUUAUACACCUGUAAUUCCUUAUUUCUAUAUCAUAGAUGAUUUGAAGUUCUCCUUCCAAUGUAGAACCAUGAAACUUGCAUUAUUAUUGUUGACAAAUACCUUUAGCUACUCUGA